AUGCAUGAUCUUACUGUCAUAAACUGGAUUAUGUAUGAUGAUGUUCGUCAGCCUUUCUUAACAUCGACCAAGGGUUCAUUAUGGAGUCCUAGUUGUAAAAUAGCUCUAUCGUUCGCUGCCAUUGCUUUCAUCGUUAGGCCAACUUCAGCAAUAAUAUGGUUGCCGUUGUGUAUAUGGCAUAUGAUAUGGCAUGCUAAAAACAUAAGUAAAUUUUUAAUUGUGGACGUUAUACCCAUUGCGUAUUUCAGCCAAGGCUUUUUUGUGGUUGCCGGAACGUUAACAAUCCCUUUCAUUGGCGGAGUUUUAAAAUCUGACGUUCGUCAACGUUUUCUAAUUUGGAUUAUAUUGUGGGAUAUCCUCAUACAUAGUUGUCUCAGCCACAAAGAAUUUCGAUUUAUUCUUUCAAUUCUACCGUUUGUACUUUGUUUUUGUGGAUCAUAUUUGAGCAUUAUGUGGAAAGUUAAAGACGCGACUGUAACACGCAAUCGGCAUUCAUUUUGGUGGUUUUUUACAUUCUUGUUAACAACAAACAUCGCUGCAGCGGCAUAUACAAGUCGUAUUCAUCAAAAAGGCACAAUAGAUGCUAUUCAUCACAUUCGAACCAUAAGCGAGAGACAUAACACUGAUAGAUUUUCCGUAAUGUUUUUAAUGCCUUGCCACUCUACACCGUUCUAUUGCUAUAUUCAUAAAAAGAUCGAGCUAUCGUUCUUAACUUGUCUUCCAAGUAAUAGACCUGGAUAUAUUGAUGAGGCUGAUCGCUUCUUUUUGGAACCUACAUCUUGGCUUAAUCGAAAGUUUAAUAGCUCUGACACGAACAAUGUAGUUCCUCCGAAUUGCCUUGUAUUUUUUGAUAACUUAGUUACUGUCAUACAAACAUUUUUAGUGAAAUAUCAUUAUAAAAAGAACAAAAGUUUUUUCCACACCCAUUUUCCUGAAGGAAGGAGAUUUUUGACGCUCCUACCCUUGAGAGCAGAAAGAGACCAACCGAGGUAUUAUGAUUUGUUUAAAGUACUAUCGCAGGAGGGCACAUUUAGCGGUGCAAACUACUUACUACCAGCAUAUGGUACCUAUAGUCUAUCUUCGGAAGUCAGAAAAUAG